AUGGCCGAAUCGGCCAUUAGUGCCGUGCUUGGCAACGUCAGCACCCUUGCGCUUCAGGAGACCACGCUGCUAUGUGGCGCAAGCAGUGAGGUGGAGUUCCUGAAACAUGAGCUGAACCGGCUGCAAGGCUUCCUUAGAGACGCCGACAACAAACAGAGGCGGGGAGAUGAAGGUGCUGCUAUCUUGGUCAGCCAGAUCAAGGAUGCGGCGUACGAGGCCGACAAUGUCAUGGAGGCCGCAGAGUACAUGCGCAAGAGAAACAGGCUCAAGAAGGGAUUCAUGGGUGCCAUUGCAAGGUAUGGUUGCCUACCAAGUGAUUUGAGUACCCUUCACAAAGUUGGUGUUGAAAUAAAAAGUAUAAGAAGGAACAUAUCUGAGAUAUUUGAGUAUGCAACCCGUUUGAAAAUAGUUGAUGAUUUGGGUCAUACUUGCAUAGAAAAGGUUGAUAUUGAUGAUGAGUUGCCUCAAGAUUAUGGUCCUAUUCACCAAAAUUUUGAAGAUAUUGUUAUGGUUGGUUUCGAGAAUGAAUACAAAGAAAUAGUGGGGAAGUUAGUUGACACAGAGAAGAGUCUUAGUGCCAUCUCCAUAGUUGCUAUGGGUGGUGCGGGGAAAACAACACUUGCUAGAAGAGUCUACACUUCUCCUGGAGUGAAACGACAUUUUGAGGCAGUUUGUUGGGUGACUGUAUCUCAAAAGUUUAAAGGCAUUGAUUUACUAAAUGAUAUUAUGAAACAAAUAACUGGGAGUACACAUAGGCCAGAAGAUCAAAUGCAAGAGCAUGAGGUGGGAAAGAAGAUCCAUGAUUUUCUAUUGCAAAAGAGAUACUUAGUAGUUCUCGAUGAUGUGUGGGAAACAGAUACAUGGGAGCAAUUAAACAGAAAGGUUAAAGCAUUUCCAGAUGCAACUAAUGGUAGUAGAGUACUGUUAACCACACGAAAGGAAGAUGUUGCAAAUCAUGUUCCAAUGCCAACCAAUGUUCAUCCUUUGAAGAAGUUAGAUGAAGAGAAAAGCUGGGAACUUUUCAGUAGCAAAGCUCUACCAUCAUACAAAAGGUCUGCAAUACGAAAUGUGGAUGAGUUUGAAAAACUUGGGAAAAGGCUUGCAAAGAAAUGUGAUGGAUUACCACUUGCACUUGCAGUUUUGGGGGGUUAUCUAUCAAAAAAUCUGAAUGCACAAAUAUGGUCUGAUAUACUCUCUGAUUGGCCAUCAACGAAGAAUGGACAGAUGAUGCGGGACAUACUGGCUCGCAGUUACAAGGACCUGCCAAAUCAUUAUUUAAGAACUUGUUUUCUCUAUCUUGCUGCUUUUCCCAAGGAUUAUGAAAUAAAUGUGGCGUAUCUUAUUGAAUUGUGGAUAGCAGAAAGUUUCAUUCCGCAUACACCAAACCAUACACUAGAAGAAACAGCACAGAGAUAUGUAACCGAGUUGGCUCAGAGAAGCUUGGUCCAAGUUGUUGACAGAAGUAGGGCACAUGGAUGGAUAGAGGGAAUAAGAAUUCAGGAUAUCUUACACGACUGGUGCAUAGAAGAGGCAAGACAAGAUGGUUUUCUUGAUGCCAUGGACAAAACUGAUUGGCCAAGCUGGUGCAUCAUCAUCGUCUGA